AUGUGACAGGAGGAAGCUUCUCCUUAUUCUUUACUUGAUAUCUGUUUGAAUUUCCUGACUGCCAACCUAGAGAAGUUUUGCACAGAAAGGCAAGAUGGAACGUUAUGCUUGCAGGAGCCAGGAAUGUUUCCUCAAGAAGUUGCUGAUCGAUUGCUGCAGACAAUGGCAUUUCAUGGGCUUCUGAAUGAUGGAACUGUGGGCAUCUUCCGAGGCAACCAGAUGCGUUUGAAACGAGCUUGUAUCCGGAAAGCGAAAAUCUCUGCUGUGGCUUUCCGGAAAGCAUUCUGCCAUCAUAAGCUAGUAGAACUUGAUGCUACUGGGGUGAAUGCUGAUAUAACAAUCACAGACAUUAUAAGUGGACUUGGCAGCAAUAAAUGGAUCCAACAAAAUCUGCAAUGCCUUGUGCUGAACUCACUAACUCUUUCUUUGGAAGACCCAUACGAGAGGUGCUUCAGUCAGUUAUCUGGGCUUCGUGCAUUGAGCAUUACCAAUGUUCUGUUCUACAAUGAGGACUUGGCAGAUGUUGCUUCACUUCCUAGAUUAGAAAGUCUGGAUAUAUCGAACACCUCUGUCACUGACAUAACUGCACUCCUCACCUGCAAAGACCGACUCAAGUCUUUGACCAUGCACCACCUGAAAUGCUUGAAAAUGACCACAACCCAGAUUCUGGAUGUUAUAAGAGAACUAAAAUACCUGAAUCACCUUGAUAUUUCAGAUGACAAACAGUUCACAUCAGACAUAGCACUUCGUUUACUGGAACAGAAAGAUAUCUUGCCUAACCUUGUGUCUUUGGACAUUUCUGGAAGAAAGCAUGUUACGGAUAAAGCUGUAGAAGCGUUUAUUCAGCAGCGGCCCACAAUGCAGUUUGUAGGACUGCUAGCUACUGAUGCCGGCUACUCAGAAUUCCUAACAGGAGAAGGAAACCUAAAGGUGUCAGGAGAAGCAAAUGAAACUCAGAUUUCUGAAGCACUGAAGCGUUACAGUGAACGGGCCUUCUUUGUGAGAGAAGCACUCUUUCAUUUAUUCAGCCUGACACAUGUAAUGGAAAAAACAAAGCCUGAAAUUUUAAAGCUUGUGGUUAUUGGAAUGAGAAAUCACCCCCUGAACUUGCCUGUGCAGUUAGCAGCAAGUGCAUGUGUCUUUAACCUAACCAAGCAAGAUUUAGCAGCAGGCAUGCCUGUGCGGCUUCUGGCUGAUGUCACUCACUUGCUCCUGAAGGCCAUGGAACACUUCCCAAAUCAUCAACAGCUGCAAAAGAAUUGCCUUCUUUCACUGUGCAGUGACAGAAUCCUUCAGGAUGUUCCAUUUAACAGGUUUGAAGCAGCCAAACUUGUUAUGCAGUGGCUGUGUAAUCAUGAAGAUCAAAACAUGCAAAGGAUGGCUGUAGCCAUAAUUUCCAUUCUUGCUGCAAAGCUUUCAACAGAACAAACAGCUCAACUUGGCGCAGAGCUCUUCAUCGUUAGGCAACUUCUACAAAUAGUUAAACAGAAAACAAAUCAGAAUCUUGUAGAUACUACUCUCAAGUUCACAUUGAGUGCACUUUGGAACCUCACUGAUGAAUCUCCAACAACAUGUCGGCACUUCAUUGAGAAUCAAGGGCUAGAACUUUUCAUGAGAGUCUUAGAGUCUUUUCCGUCUGAAUCAUCCAUUCAACAGAAAGUUCUUGGACUUCUGAAUAACAUAGCUGAAGUUAAAGAACUGCAUUCUGAAUUAAUGUGGAAGGACUUUAUAGACCACAUCAGUAAAUUAUUGCACAGUGUGGAGGUGGAAGUUAGCUACUUUGCAGCAGGGAUUAUUGCUCAUUUGAUAUCUCGAGGAGAGCAGGCCUGGACAUUAAGUCGCAGUCAGAGGACAUCUCUCCUUGAACAGCUGCAUUCUGCAAUUUUGAAUUGGCCGACCCCGGAAUGUGAGAUGGUGGCUUACAGGUCUUUCAAUCCAUUUUUUCCGCUACUUGGCUGUUUCAUGACACCUGGUGUCCAGUUAUGGGCAGUGUGGGCCAUGCAGCACGUCUGCAGCAAAAAUCCUGCCAGGUACUGCAGCAUGUUAAUUGAAGAAGGUGGUUUACAGCACUUAUACAACAUCAAGGAAAACGUCCAGACUGAUCCUCACGUCCAAAGGAUUGCUAUUGCCAUCCUGGAUAGUUUGGAAAAACACAUUAUGCGUCAUGGGAGACCACCUCCAUGUAGAAAACAGCAACAAAAUAAAUCAAACUGAAAGCUGCAGGUAUAGGAGUGUAAAGUAUUGUCUACGUAAUAAUCCUUUCCGAUGUGUGUGUAGUUGGAGUAACUUGUAAUAUAGUGGUAACCAUUAAAGUGAUUUGCCAAUAAUUGUGGUACCCAGAACCAUGUACUGUUCACCUUUGGUGAAUGUCAACUUUAAUGGCAACCGCAUAUGCAACUUGUAAAGGGUCACUGCUUGAGCUGGUCAUACCUGUAGGAUUACUGCUGGCUACAAAGAGAUGGGACUUGUACAGAUCAAUAUGCACAUCUGAAAAAAAGACUUCUAGGAAUAUCUUCUUUUGUGACUUCUGGGAGAGAAAGUUAUUUCAUCCCUAUGAUUGCUGUUCAUAACACUGUUUACCAGUUUGGUGUUUGAAUAGAACUGUGUGUGCUUGUGAGAUUCAACAUUUUUACAGAUUUGUUAAAACAAAACUACAUGCAUGCA